GCUCGUGCCGCCUGCCUGCCGCGGAGACGGCUUCGGGCCUGAGACCUGAUCCCACGCCCCAAGCCAUGCCGAGGGAGAAGAGGGAGAGGGAUGCAAAGGAACGGGACACCAUGAAGGAGGAAAGUGGCACUGAUGUCUCUGUUCGUUCCAGGAAAAGGAAGGCAAAUGUGGCUGUUUUUUUGCAGGAUCCAGAUGAAGAAAUUGCAAAAAUGGACAGGACUGUGAGAAGUCAGUGCGGCAUUCAGCCUUGGGACAAUAAUUCUGUGUGUGAAAACCCCUGCUCCUUCAUUCCCACACCUGACAAGGAAGAGGGUGAGCCAGCAUCCCCAAGUUCCGCGUGUGGACCGCAGAGUUUCAUGCCCUCCAGAGCCUCACCACUGCCUAUACUGAACUGGGCAAAUAGAGAUGAGGUGUGGAAAAUUAUGCUAAACAAGGAGAAGACAUACUUAAGGGAUAAGCACUUUAUGCAGCGGCACCCUCUUUUGCAGCCUAAGAUGCGAGCAAUUCUUCUGGAUUGGUUAAUGGAGGUGUGCGAAGUCUAUAAACUUCACAGAGAGACAUUUUACUUGGCCCAGGAUUUCUUUGAUCGGUAUAUGGCAACACAACAAAAUAUUGUAAAAACACUUUUACAGCUUAUUGGGAUUUCAUCUUUAUUUAUUGCUGCCAAACUUGAGGAAAUCUAUCCUCCAAAGCUGCACCAGUUUGCUUACGUUACAGAUGGGGCUUGUUCAGGAGAGGAAAUUCUUAGCAUGGAAUUAAUCAUUAUGAAGGCCCUUAAGUGGCACUUAAGUCCCCUGACCAUUGUGUCCUGGCUGAAUGUGUAUAUGCAGGUUGCGUAUCUAAAUGACUUAUAUGAAGUGCUCCUGCCUCAGUAUCCCCAGCACAUCUUCAUACAGAUUGCAGAGCUUUUAGAUCUUUGUGUCCUGGAUGUUGGCUGCUUAGAAUUUCCCUACGGUGUACUUGCUGCUUCUGCCUUGUAUCAUUUCUCCUCAUCGGAAUUGAUGCAAAAGGUUUCAGGGUAUCAGUGGUGUGAUAUAGAGAAGUGUGUCAAGUGGAUGGUUCCAUUUGCCAUGGUUAUAAGGGAGACAGGAAGUUCCAAACUUAAGCACUUCAGGGGAGUUCCUGCUGAAGAUGCGCACAACAUCCAGACCCAUAUAAACAGCUUGGAUUUGCUGGACAAAGCCCAAGCAAAGAAAGCCAUAUUGUCUGAACAAAAUAGGAUUUCUCCCCUCCCCACCGGGGUCCUCACCCCCCCACAGAGCAGUAAGAAGCAGAGCAAUGAGCAGGGGACCGCGUGAGCACACCAGCCUCCUCCACCCAAGACAGUCAUGUGGAAGCGCCCGCCCCAGGUUCUUGGCUGCGCACCGGAGCAGAGGCGUGCAUUAGCUUUUACAGAUAUUUAAAUGGAAGAGCAUGUCUCUUCUGCAACCGAAGUGUUUCUGUGGAUGGCAUUGGACAGGGACAAGUGUUUUUUAUUGAAUGCUUAGAGUUUUUGAAAUAAGUGGGUCAAGUACACCAGCCACCUCCAGAACACCAAUGAGUGCUCCAGAUGCUGCUAAGGAGGGUGAUACUUGACUUGAUUGACUGUGCACGCACGGAACAAAGGCUUGAAGUCGCGGAGUGCCACGUUGCCGUGGGCUCCCCUCGGGUGUGCUGGGCUGUGUCGCGUUGAGGGGAACAGGUGGUUGUGAGCGUUGUGAUGUGGAGCCCACAACCAACCGUGCUGGGGGCCUGCCCUUUUCACACUAUCAGUUGACAGUGUACAAUGCCUUUUAUGAACUGUUAUUUUGUAAGUGCUGCUACGUCUGUUUUUUUAAUAAAGAUAACACUGUCUUUGAGA